GUGACUUUCGAUUUUUCGGCCAGAGAGGUUACUUUGAGCUCCACGCUGAUGACUGUGGAUCUCACUGGCUUGCUGGAGCCCAACAACUUCUACUCUAUCUCCUUGCCACCUCAGUCUCUGAACGACUUGUCUGGGAAUAACUUCACAGGCCUGCCGACCAAUGUCUACAUCUUCGGUACUGCCAUUGAAGCCGUGACUGGAGAGGUAGACUGGCAAGACACCCUGUGGAUUACUCUGGGCGUGAUUAUUGUGGUGCUGCUGGUGUUUAUUGGUGGUGCUGUGGCCUACCUUGUCCUGCAAUCCGGGCAGAGGAGCGCCCGGGUCUUCGCCCGGGAAGUCCGCAAAACCACGAAGAAGACCUCACAGGUUGCCCCAAUCUUCGUCGAAGACGUUGACGACGGCUUCUACCAUCAACA